AUGAAUCAGGCAAAAAUUGAAAAACUAGUUUCUAAAAUAAGAUAUAAUAUUAGAUCAGAUCCACGUAAAUUAAAAAAUAUAGAUGGUCCAGAGGGAAGAUUACGAAAAAUUAAAAAAACAUUAACCGCUGUAAUUAAAUAUGAGAGGAUUGAGUUGAAUUAUGCGAGAGCAGAUGAAACAAGAGGUUAUGUCGAACAGUUAAUAUCAGAAGCAUUACGUCAUGGCCCUCAUCACAAAGAAACUAUGGAACUUGCAAAUUUUUGGAUAAUUGAAAAACAACUUAUUCAUAAACUUUUUAAAGUACUUGUACCAAGAUACGAAAAUUAUACAACUUCAUUUACAAAACUUCAUAAUGCACCAUGUAUAUAUCCUGGAUAUGCAUUUAAGAGAGCUAUUUUAGAAUUAAAAGGAAAUAUAUAUCCCGCUAUAGAACAAUCUAAUCCAAAUCAGCAUAAUUUACUUCACAAUAUAUUACUUGAUGCAGCUAGAAAAGAACAUAGAUUAGAAAAAUAUAAAGAAAUAAGUACUAAUAUGAAUUUAUAAAUGUAUGUAUUUUUUAUUAUCAAAUAACAUAAAAAAUAUAUAAUAUUAAUAUAGAUUAUUAAAUAUAAUUAAUUUGAUU